GUGCGUUGACCGAGUUCUUUGACAACAACAACUGCAACAACAACGUGAAAAAUGGAUGCUGAGGCGCCACCCAUUGCAAGACCAGACCAGGGAAAUCCAACAUUGUCACCAAUGCCAGUGGCGACUAACCAAGAUGAUAAGGGGACUCCACCAGCAACGGACCCCAAAGAAACGAAGGACGAGGAAAACCAUGAAGAAUAUCAUCCACCCACAAGCUAUCUAGAGACCAUAGUGCAUUUGUUCAAGGGGAAUAUUGGACCAGGACUCUUUGCCAUGGGUGAUGCAUUCAAGAAUGGUGGACUGUUGGUGGCUCCAGCGCUGACUGUGGUCAUAGCUGUGGUGUGUAUCCAUUGCCAACAUGUUCUGAUUGGAUGCUCCAAGAAGAUGCGCGAUUUGCGUGGGGAAUCCGUUUGCGCCGACUAUGCCCUGACUGUGGAGCAUUGCUUCGAGAAUGGUCCAAUGAAAUUGAGGAGAUGGUCCCGCACCAUGGGAAGAUUGGUCGAUGUCUUUAUAUGUGUGACCCAGUUGGGUUUCUGUUGCAUCUAUUUCGUGUUCAUCAGCACGAAUGUGAAACAGAUUUUACAAGCCUAUAGCAUCGAUAUGGAUGUACAUCUAGUCAUGCUGCUGGCCUUCUUUCCGGUUCUACUUAGUUCACUGAUCACGAACUUGAAAUUGCUGACCCCCGUCUCAAUGUUUGCCAACGUGUGCAUGAUUCUUGGUCUGGCCAUCACCUUGUACUAUGCCCUCAAAGAUGGACUGCCAGAGAUCGGGGAACGCGCCUACUGGACAAAUGGAUCGCAGUUGGCACUCUUCUUUGGCACCGCCAUAUUUGCCUUCGAGGGCAUUGCUCUGGUGAUGCCAUUGAAGAAUGCCAUGAGAAAACCCCACCAGUUCGAGAGCACAUUGGGUGUGCUCAAUGUGGGCAUGUUCCUUGUCUCGGUGAUGUUCAUGUUUUCCGGAUCAGUGGGCUAUAUGAAGUGGGGUGAGCAUGUCGGAGGAAGUUUGACCCUCAAUCUCGGCGAUUCCAUACUGGCCCAGGCUGUCAAGCUAAUGGUCUCCACUGGUGUCCUGUUGGGGUAUCCUCUGCAAUUCUUUGUGGCCAUACAGAUAAUGUGGCCACAGACGAAAAAAAUCUGUGGUAUUAAAGGUCGCUCCCUUUUGGGCGAACUUGUCUUUCGUUCCAUCCUCGUCGUGGUCACAUUGGGCAUUGCGGAAAUGGUGCCUGCCCUGGGACUGUUCAUCUCGCUUAUCGGAGCCCUCUGCUCCACUGCACUGGCCCUGGUCUUUCCGCCUGUCAUCGAGCUAAUUGCCAAGAGCGAGCCCAACAAGGGUCCUGGCCUCUGGAUUUGUAUCAAGAAUCUGCUCAUAUUGGUCUUGGCCAUGUUGGGCUUCAUCACUGGCUCUUAUGAGAGUCUCAAGCAGAUAGUCAAACAUUUUGGCGAAGAGGAGCAACACUGAUCAACACAAAUAAAGAACAACACUCGAAUUUAUAGAAUUGCUUCUAUUUUGUAUAAUCCUCUAGAUAAAGUCUGCCCCAGAAAUUCGUAUUGAGGCCAUUUUGAUAUAAACCUAUAUAUUUUAACCUUUAA